AUGUCGUUUGGACUCACUAACACUAGCUUGAACUGUAAAUCCAGACAAAUAAAGCUCAUGGUAGAUGAUAGUACCAAACUAGUGAUAACUAAUAAGAAGUCGAGCCAAUCAAGAAUUGUUUCAGCUUUAAAAGCCCAAUGGAUGAUUGACCAAGGGUGUGAGGCCUUCUUAUCUCACAUGGUUGAUACCCGAAUCUCAGUCCCAAUACUCUUGGAUAUCCGAGUUGUACGAGAUUUUCCUGACAUGUUUCCAAAAGAGUUGUCAGGUUUACCACUAGAUCGGGAGUUGAAGUUCCGCAUUGAGGUUUGGCAAGACGAAGCACUGGUGUUCGAGUUAUGUGACGGAGAUGUGUUGUAUUUCAGAAGUCAGUUGUAUGUACCCGUAGAUGUUCAAUUACGCAAUAAGAUUCUUCAUGAGUCGGGCAUGAAAAUGGAGGUGUUAGAGUUUGUCACUUGGUAUCUAGUAUAUCAACAAGUGAAAGCGGAACACCAGGUUCCCUCAGGGUUACUUCAGUCUAUUCAGAUACCUCAGUGGAAAUGGGACAAGGUGACAAUGGACUUUGUGAUUGGGUUAUCGAUGACCAAAAAGAGACACGAUGCAGUUUGGGUCAUAGUAGAUUGUGAGAUAGUGAGGUUAUCUUAG